AUGGCAGAGACAAAUAAAGGAAGAAGUGAAGAAGAAGUUGCAAGGGCCUUUGUGAAUCACUAUUACCAUCUCUUUGACAAUGAUCGAUCUUCUCUUUCCACUCUCUACAAUCCCACCUCGUUGCUUACUUUCGAGGGCCAAAAGAUCUACGGCGUGGAAGAUAUCUCCAAUAAGCUCAAACAACUUCCGUUCGAUCAGUGUCGUCAUUUGAUUAGCACCGUUGAUUCUCAGCCGUCUUCAAUGGCCGGUGGCUGUGGCGGAAUCCUUGUUUUUGUGAGUGGUAGCAUCCAGUUACACGGCGAGGAUCGUCCUCUUAGAUGCGACGGUGUUGGUGUAGGAUGCGAAGGUGCCGGUAACGGUGGGGUAGCAGAAAUAGCGGUGGAGGGAGUUGGCGGUGACGAUGGCAGUGUAAGGAGUUUAGGCGGUGGUGUAAAGAGGUCUUAG